UUUCAGGAAAACAUCGUAUUGGCAACAUGGCGGAUGUGAAGUCAGUGUUCUGGGAGGUUCUUCCAAAACAAGGGGAAUUGUCAGUGGAAGACGUAACCACAACGGUGCUGUGUAAACCCAAACUUUUACCCUUAAAAUCUCUGACUCUGGAAAAACUGGAGAAAAUGCACCAAGCAGCACAGGACACCGUUCACCAACAGAAAAUGGCAGAAGAGGAAAAACAGGAAAAAGCUCACUGACCAAUAAACUUAGCACCUCAGAGAGCACCUUACCUUACCUUACCUAUGGUUUACUAAUAUCUAGAACAUAAUCUGUACCUGUAUGCUGACAGUAGUAUUUGUUGAACUGGUGAUAUUCAUAUAAAUUAUUUUAAAAUACUAAAGACUGAUAAAACUUGUGAAUUUAAACUCUGCUUUGAAUUGAAUAGCGUUAACAUUGAACCGAGUAUUUCAGGAUUUUCAUGGUUUCCAAAUUAUAAUUUAAAUUACUGUUCUCCAUUCCUAAUGCAACAAGUUUAACAUAGGUACAAAUGACUAAAUGUAACUUUUAUAGAGAGGAUUUUUAUAUGUUCAUUACAAAUCUGAACUUGAACACAAAGUGUUCAUGUUGGCUCUUACAUUAUCUAAUUAAAACAUUCUUAAACAA